UUUGCACAGAUAUGUUUAUUUUAAGGCAUUCAAGGUAGUAACAACAUAUGUAGAUCAUGUGUGCAAGAAGCUAUAAAACCAGAGGUAAGGCAACUUACACCAUUGGAGGCACCAAACUCAUGGAAAGAGGGAAAUGGCGUGGAUUCAGAUUCUGUCUCAAGUUCUAAAAGUCCAUUUGUUUUCUCUCCGUGUAGCUGUGAGCGCCAUCUGCAUUCCAGAGCUUUCAAGGGAAGGGUGAUGCCGAACACUUCUACAGCAAAAUAAUCAGGGAAUUGUCAAACUGUCAAAACCAGAAUGUCAGGAGUCUACCUCUGGGACUCGUGAUUCAUGAUCUCCUUUCCCCCUUUGCUUGGACUCAGGAAGGAUGUAUGUAGUGUAAAGGGCUAGAAAACAUUUUAUUGCAAAUACAGUUCCUUAUUUUCUUACAAGUUUUUCCAAGUUUUUUUUUAAACUAAUUUUUCAAUUAAGUUUAAAUUGAUUUCUAAAUUUCUUAUAGAGUUUUAAAACUACCAAAUGAAUACCAUUUAGAGGGAUCCUAACAUAGACUUAGCUAUUACUCCCUUUCUUUGUUCAAAUUUGGUGAACUUAUAAGUAAAAUCAGUAAGCUUUAUAGAACUGUUCUAGAAAUAAAUAAAGUGGAUAUUCAUAACUCUUGAGUAUCCAUGGAAAGUAUGGUUUUGAAGUCAGUUUUGAGGGAAAAAUAGCUAUAUGUGUGUAGAUCUUUAGUAAGUACCAUAUUUAUUGUGUUGGGUGCUCUCUGCUGACAGCGCUCAGUAAUACUAAAGCAUUGAAAAGACGUGUACUCUGGGGCAAGUGAUAAAUAGGUUAUCUUUUCAUAGCUACUGCAAAAGGAAUGACCAUAGCAAUGCCCUCUCUAUCGCCAAGUGUUAUGCUCUAUUACUUAAGUAUAUUACAAUGUCAUUAAUACUCACAAACUGUGUAUUGAAGAGAGUCUCAAGAAGGGUGUGAUCAGCACAGACCUGGUUACUUUCAUCAGUUUACAUGAGAGUGUCUUAGCUUGAAGUCCAUCUUCCCUAGUGGCUCUCCCCAAGUAUACCAUGGCAACAGCUGGUAAUUCCCACCAGAGGGGCAAUGCUGGAUCAGACUGCAUGUGCAGCUCUUCUGUUGUCUUUCUUUAGGGACACAUCCAUGAAGACACAGGUCCUCCACAUGACUAACGAGUGCAGUAGAGUCCCCAAUUGCAGUGCCGUCCUGUCAGAAGCAUCUGGAGUGUUCCUUCAAACCACAACUGGAAAGAAGUCAUGCAACACACCAAUUUCCACCUUUACCUUAGUUUUACAGCAACAAUCAUUGUCUGUACAUGUAUGUUCCUCACCAUUAUUCGCAAUGACCUGACCUUGUAGGCUUCUUCCAUGGAUGGGCCCUCACUUGGAACUCUUCAUUUUCCACCUUUUUCCCUGUCAGUUUCCUUCCUACACCAUGGGUCAGAUGCAUAAUUCUAUACAUGCAUGAUAAUAACAACAGCACAAACAUGAAUUUAAUACCAUUCCUUAUUAAGAUCAUUAAUUCAGCAGAUACAUGGGAGAGACCAGGGUUGGGAUCAGAGCAGUGAUAAUCGCUGGCUGGGUGGGUAUAAAGCAAAGCAACAUAAUACUGGCACACAACAGAACCAUGGGUUGAAUUUUAUGAUCAGAUCUUUAAUGAGUAUCUUACAGCUUGUUAUAGAAAAGUAUUUUCAAUUAGCUAAAUAUGUGUAAUAAUUGAAUAAGCACCACUAGAAGAAAUGAGCUUCUAGCAAUAAAAGCAUUUAAACAGAGCUUCUGAGACCAACUUGAAGUUAAUUUCCAAAAACGUGUUUCUCUUGCUAUGGACUGGAAGAAUGCUGAGGGCAAAUGACCAUUUACCUAGAUUGUAUUUUAUAUAAAAAUGCUGAUGCUCCCAUGAAAUUUUCACAUAUAUUAAAUUAUCUUUAUUCUCUUAAGCAUCCUGUGAAAUAAAUCAAGAGCUGUGCUUAAUAACAAAUGUGCCUAUUUGUGGUGCCUCAGGAGGCUGAGGCCAGAGAAUUAUGAGUUCCACAAGAACCUGGGUUAUGUAAGUAGUCUGAGGCUGACAUGAACUAUAGAGACCCCUGUUUCAAAAAAAUAAGCUAAUUAACUCACUCACUACCAAUUAAUAAAUGAAUUAAUAAGCACUGAGACAGGCUCAGAGAAAAUUCCCACAAAACUCUAGAGGUGAAAAAAUUAGCAUAACUGAGAUCCAAUCCCAGCCAGUUCCAUUCCUAAACUGUAUUGUUGAUAGAAGUUUUCCCGCACUGCUUGUCUCUCUGUUGGCUCACUGUUAUAAAGGCUUCAUCUUUAAAUCACUGGAUUCAUAACUUACCUUAUGUCAGACAGCACAGAAGGGAGAAGGAGGUGGAUCCCCAAACCCACCUCCAGUGAUCUACUUCCUCCAGCUACGUCCAGGCACCUGCACUUCAGCAUCUCCCAAAAGAGAGUCGCUAGCUGGGACUCGAGUCUUCAAUACAUAUGCCUUUCAUGGAGUAAAUCAUCGCUACAUGAGUUGAAAUCUAUUGGCUUUGCUGGUUAAGGAAGUCCUCUUUCAUACUCGCUACAAAGUUCUAGGAUGCCCCGAAUUCAAAAGAACAACUGGGGAAAAUCCUCAAGCACGUGAAAUCCCUGGGAUUUCAGUCAUCUCGAGCAAAUAAUUCAGUGGCCCUAGAACUUUAGACCUUCCAAAGUAGGAGGCUUCUCAUCUCUGUAUUUAUUCCUUCCCAGCACUGGGAUUUCUAGAAAGAAUAGAAUUAAACAAAUGAAUGGAGUAGGUAUUGACUGGGUAGAUGGGGGUAACCAAGAUGUUGGCGUUAGUAAUACAAAGAACAAGAGGUAGUUCUCCCCGGCAGAGUUGUCUUUUGUGAGGCGCCCUAAUGUUCCAGCUAUUCCAGUAUAAAGUGUGAUCUUGCCACUUUGCUAGUCCCAGGUGGCCUCUGGGUUCAUAUUUGCCUGGUUUCUUGUUCCUGUGCUUUUGUAAGCAGGCCGGAAUCUGCUGUGACACAGGCUGUUAAGCAUGUACGAGUUCCUUUGGAAUCUGUACAAUCAAGGACUCCAAGUCCAGCCGUUUAGUUAUCUCUUGAUUUAUGGCUGGAGGGGUGGCUCUCCUGCAAGCUAUUGGACAAUGAUGAUAAAGGAGAUAGCAGCACCUCUGUGGACUUCCUGUUACCCUUUUCUAUAGUUACCAUUUAGAAGCAUUUAAUAGGGUACAGAGUGCUCAGGGUAUAAAACCAUUUCUGCUCACCAUUGUACUGUGGAGUCAAUUGGCGACUCCACUUCAAAUUUCUAAACCAGAAAAUAAACCAAUUCACAAUUACCAGUACAAUUUUGUCUGUCUGUUCUGUCCUUGCCAAACAGGUAAUGAUCCAAGUAACAUGAUAACAACUGCUCUGCUCUACUCUUUUCCCUUGGUUUCCAACUUUGAACUUCAAAGCUAAGCCCCAGCAUCCUUGCUUUCCAGAGGUGGUGGCUCACCCAUAACCCCUUAACUGUGGAAUAACUUGCAGCAGCCUUGCCAGCAAGGGGCCGAUGAUACUGCUUUAUUAAAAUCAGAUGGGGGAAUUAUGAAGGCAUGACAUUGCAUAUUUGAACAUGAUGCCUGCAGUUUUACCCUUUCCUAAACAGUGGACGAUUAAGUGUUAACCUCGCAUUUGGUAGAGGGGUUCUUUUUCUUUUUCAUCUCCUGUAUUUAUUUGCUCCAUGUGGGAGGAGGGGCCACACAGGCCACUCGGGCUAUCUAUCAGCAGAGGACAACUUGAGAUAGUCAGUUCUCUCCUGCCAGGUGGGUCCCAGGAUUUCCCUUAGACAGUCAUCACUCUUGGUAUCAGGUGCCUUUACUUGCCGAGCCAUCUUUUUGGGUCCUGUAGUUCCUUAUAAUGUUUAUAGUAUGGCCUUUCUACCAAAAGAAAUUAUUUAUUGGUAGAAAUUGUUAUUUCUACCAAUAGAAAUAAUACCAGUAUUAUUAAGGCCUUGAUAUAAAUGCAAAUUCUUUGGCCUUACCCCUGUCCUACUGAUAUUAGAAAUAUCAUUCCUCUUUUUUAUUUAAAGGUCAAAAUAGGUUAACACCUCUCCUUGGUUGGUACCUGGGUAAGGAGGACUCCAAUAUAAGAGCUGAAAUUCAAUACAUGUGCAAACAAUCCUAGGCUGAACUAUUCUAAGGCAGCCCACCUUUAUACUGAAAAUAUCCAUCCAAAUUAUCCACUUAGUAGAGAGAGGAGGGAGGGGUGUGGGAGUCAGCGAAGGCAUUUUUAAAAGCACCUCUUCAGAGAGGCAGUUUAUGUUUGAUCAUAGAUAAAAUGCUCUGUAAAGUACCAAGAGGAGGUAUCUAUGCAUUUAAUGACUCUGUAAGUCGGGGCUUUAACAUUUUAUUGUUGUUUUUUUUAUUGCCAGGGAUUCCGUUUCUCUCUGAGAGUGUUAGAGGUGACCUGUGGUAGCCACAUUACCAAAUCAGUCCAUGAUUAAUUAGCCGACAUUCACUGAAUGCUUAACAUGUGUCCAUAACUGAGUUAAAGUGAGACCAGGGGACAGGUGACUUGCGCUUUCUAAUACACUUAUGAUCUAGUUGAAAAGAUGGUGCAAGACCCCGAAGCUUCUGAGCUCCAUAAAAUAACAUAAUUAAAAGUGAAGGUGCAGAACCCAGAGUGAAUGCAGAUGAAGUGCAUUGUGGGAAAGAGUUAUCCAGAGGCUUUAAUAUUUAUUUAUAAGAAGGCUCCGUGAAACGGUUGGAUCAGAAAUGAUGUUUAAGAUCUCCCUUGCAGAGAGAGCCUAUGUUCCUUUCUUCUUGCUUCUCUGCCUUCGAAUAAUGCAGCAUCUGAGUUUCUUUAUGUGAAAAGGUAGCAUACAGCUCUGCUCCUAGAAUCUCUGACGGCUUUGUGAUGAUAACAAGUGAUGAGAUUAGCUGCCAAGUCCUAGCCCAGGCUUUGAGAGAGCCUGUGUGCUUCUGGCCACCCACUCUCUUUGAACCUAGUCACUUUCCUUGUACAAGCCCAGGCUGUCUGCUGAAGAAUGAGACUGGCUUUUUUUUUCCUUUGAAUUUAUUAUUUUAUGUGUUUGUGUGUAUGUGCAUCACGUGUGUGCCUGGUGUCUAUGAUGGCCACAAGAGGGCACCAGAUCCCCAGGAACUAGAGUUAAAGGCAUUUGUGAAGCAGCCAUGUAGGUGCUAAAACUUGAAUUCAGACCCUCUGAGAAAGCCCCCAGGCUCUUAACUGCAGAGCAGUCUUUGUCUUUCCAGCCUUCUUCAUGAUGUGAACUAUCUCUGCUGAGGCCAUUAAAGGUUAGCCAUACUCCCCUAGCCCCACCACUAGCAGAACCACUUGUGCUGAGCCUUAUAGACUCAGGCAAAAUGGGUGGAUACUGUUUGGGCCAACAGUUUUGGGAACAGAUUGCCAUGCAGUGCUAGGGGAUUGCUUGGAAACUGAAAGGCGGAGAGGGAGAGAGUGUUGCAAAUAAGAGUAAAAUCUCAAAAUACAUGGAAUCAAAACCACACUCCAGUAGAUCUAAGAGCAAUAUGGGGACUCUAAUAGGUUUAGAUCCCCAACUUUCAGUAAAUAUGAAGCCAGGAUCCAAGACAACAUAUAUUGGAGAGCAGCACCACCGUGCUGCUAUAUGGUGGGUUUUCUUCAUUUCUUCCAUCAGAGUAUAAGACAGGAAUCGCACAGGUUAGAGGUCAAUGAGCACCCUGGAUCCUGUUGUUCCAAGCAGGACUUUGAGAGAAGGAACCACAGUUUGAUAGCCAAUCAUGGGGUGCCAAUAACCAAAGACUUCUUGACUUAAAAAAAUCUCUGAGGUCUUACACUCAUGACUCCCAGGAUUUGGUAGCACAGACUGUAAUCUUGGCUCUUUGGGAGGCCAAGGCAGGGGCACUGCACGUUCAAGUUCUGACUGAGUGCAACUUAGCAACUGAAUAAGACUCUGUAUUAAAAUUUAAAAAGUGGUUACAAAGCAAAAAAGGCUGAGUGUGUACUCAGAGGUGGAGUAUCUGUCUAAUGUGUGUGAGGCCUUGGGCUCAGUGCCUAGCACUUCAAGACAAAACAAAAGAAAACAAAACAAAGAGAAAUCGGGAAAGUCAAUAUGCUAUACUUGAAAGAAACAACAACUUGUAGCAUCCCACAGUAAAUAUCAAGAAGGCAUCAAGAAGUCAGAGUGCUUUCAAAAGUUUCCACAGUCUGCCUCCAUUGCUCAGUCAGCGACUUUACCUCGUCUUUAUUCUGCCACCAUAACCGUAAAAUAGCAUCCUUAAGAGGGAAUAUUUACCUUGACAGGCUACAAUGUUUUCUUCCUCUUGUAUGAUAUUGCUGGAAAAUAUAUCCCUGAGACGUGGCGAAUUCUUGCUUUAGAGCUAGGUCCUUAAGCCUGGCAGUAUAAGGAUUAUGGCCGGUGGAGUACUCAGGAGUAAUAUUAAACAUAUGGUGUGUCUGGUGCCUUUUGUUUCAGCACCCACGGAAACUUUGAUCUUUAAAGGAAGUGCCAUAGAGUACAUAGAAAAUGGUCUUACUGGGCAAGCACUUCACUCAGCUAUGCUUUUUACUGGGAAAGCGCCUUACACAAGUCCUGAAAUGGCAAUGGCGAAGCAUAUAUUUCAGUAGAGGCAAAGGCAGGAAUAGUGAGGCUGAAGUGUCAAACAGGGAUGGAUAGAGAGAUGUGUCAUCCCUGAAGUGCACAGUGCCUGUGCGCUGCAAAGGAGAGGGGGCGUGUUUUAAAGUUGUUAUUUUAAUUGCUGCCUGUCUCCCAUGAACAUGUUGCUGCUCCCUUUUUGACUGUCAAGUGACCAGCUCAUGCAAAACUUUUCUUAACCGAGGACCCUCGUCCUGUGUCCCACCCUGGCCUCCUCCCUGUGUUUGGCCAUCCAGAGCGGCUAACAGGUCCCUGCUCACUGAAGCGUCACCUCUCGCUCCCCAGUACAUCUCCGCAGCCCACUCGGACUGCAGCCUAGCAGCCCGCCGGUCCUCCCAAUUGCAGCAGUCAGGGCGACAGCCAGACGAGGGAGGGCCAAGCCGGCCGGGCUCCGGAUCUGCACGGGGAAGGGCUGGCAGGCAGCGCGCGGGGCGAGUUCGCAGCACAGGUAAACAGGCCGGCUAGGCACGGGGCGCUGUCGCCGCGGCCACCCAGCGAUUUCCAGGCACGCAACUCCGCCUCCAGAGCUCUGUCCCCGCGCUCUCGUCUCCGCUGCUUUCGCAGCCCAGCAGCCGCCGCAGCAGCACUCCACACAAAGGACUGUUCCCCGCCGAGCAGCGCAUCCACCUCCACUCCUCCUCCGGUGACAGCAUCCCCGACAGCAGGGCUCGGGUGCGGCGGCGCGGGGGGAACCUGUCACUCUCGCAACCAAGGCGGUGGCAAAGGCUUUUUCCCCCUUUUGCUUUUUAUUCCUUCUUUCCAAAAUUCGCCUCUUUGCCUUUCUGUGGUUCCACCCAUCUCCCCUUCCUCCCCAUAAACAACUCUCCUACCCACCCACCCCCAAUAAAUAAAUAAAGGAGGAGGGUCAGGGUAGGAGUGGGGGCAGGCAAGGCGAGGCAGCUGGAGCCAGCCAGGCAGAGUCCGCACCGACAAGGCGCCCGCACGCACCUCACACCAUGAGAUGGCGACGCGCCCCGCGCCGCCCGCUGGGUACCAGCCCCAGCGUCCCGCAUCCCGGGUCCGCCGACCGCUCGCCUCCGCUGCUGCUGCGGCUGCUGCCGCCGCCGCCGCCGCUGCUGCUGUUGCUGCUGCUGCUGCUGCUGGGGACCGCGGCCCUGGCUCCGGGGGCGGCGGCCGAGCGGGCGGCUCCCGCGGGGGCCUCGGUGUGCUACUCGUCCCCGCCCAGCGUGGGCUCGGUGCAGGAGCUGGCCCGGCGCGCCGCGGUGGUGAUCGAGGGAAAGGUGCACCCGCCGCGGCGGCAGCAGGGGGCACUCGACAGGAAGGCAGCAGGCGAGGCAGGGGCAGGGGCGCGGGACCAGCCCGCCCAGGACCCGCCACCUUCACAGGACCCUCCGCCCUCUGACAACUGGACCCUACUCACCGGGUCCCCCGAACCCAGCACCGAUCAGCCCAGGGACCCCGCGCCCUAUCUGGUGAAGGUGCACCAGGUGUGGGCUGUGAAAGCCGGGGGCUUGAAGAAGGACUCGCUACUCACCGUGCGCCUGGACACCUGGGGCCACUCAGCCUUCCCGUCCUGCGGGCGGCUCAAGGAGGACAGCAGGUACAUCUUCUUCAUGGAGCCCGAUGCCAACAGUAGCGGCCGCGCGCCGCCCGCCUUCCGAGCCUCGUUUCCUCCGCUGGAGACUGGCCGCAACCUCAAGAAGGAGGUCAGCCGGGUGCUGUGCAAGCGGUGCGCAUUGCCUCCCAGAUUGAAAGAGAUGAAAAGCCAGGAGUCAGCUGCAGGCUCCAAGCUCGUGCUUCGGUGUGAAACCAGCUCUGAGUACUCCUCACUCAGAUUCAAAUGGUUCAAGAACGGGAAUGAGCUGAACCGUAGGAAUAAACCACAAAACGUCAAGAUACAGAAGAAGCCAGGGAAGUCAGAGCUUCGAAUCAACAAAGCGUCCCUGGCUGACUCUGGAGAAUAUAUGUGCAAAGUGAUCAGCAAGUUAGGAAACGACAGUGCCUCUGCCAACAUCACCAUUGUUGAGUCAAACGACCUCACCACUGGCAUGUCAGCCUCAACUGAAAGACCCUAUGUGUCCUCAGAGUCUCCCAUUAGAAUAUCAGUUUCAACAGAAGGCGCAAAUACUUCUUCAUCCACAUCUACAUCCACGACUGGGACCAGCCAUCUCAUAAAGUGUGCGGAGAAGGAGAAAACUUUCUGUGUGAAUGGAGGCGAGUGCUUCAUGGUGAAGGACCUGUCAAACCCCUCAAGAUACUUGUGCAAGUGCCAACCUGGAUUCACUGGAGCAAGAUGUACUGAGAAUGUGCCCAUGAAAGUCCAAACCCAAGAAAAAGCGGAGGAGCUCUACCAGAAGAGGGUACUGACAAUUACUGGCAUCUGUAUCGCCCUGUUGGUGGUCGGCAUCAUGUGUGUGGUGGCCUACUGCAAAACCAAGAAACAGCGGCAGAAGCUUCAUGAUCGGCUCCGGCAGAGCCUUCGGUCAGAACGAAACAACAUGGUGAACAUAGCGAAUGGCCCUCACCAUCCAAACCCACCACCAGAGAAUGUGCAACUGGUGAAUCAAUAUGUAUCUAAAAACGUCAUCUCCAGUGAGCAUAUUGUGGAGAGAGAAGUGGAGACCUCCUUUUCCACCAGUCACUACACUUCCACAGCUCAUCACUCCACGACUGUCACCCAGACUCCUAGUCACAGCUGGAGUAAUGGGCACACAGAAAGCAUCAUUUCAGAAAGCCACUCUGUAAUCAUGAUGUCAUCGGUAGAGAACAGCAGGCACAGCAGCCCAGCUGGGGGCCCACGAGGACGUCUUCAUGGCCUGGGAGGCCCUCGCGAAUGUAACAGCUUCCUCAGGCAUGCCAGAGAAACCCCUGACUCCUACAGAGACUCUCCUCAUAGUGAAAGACAUAACCUUAUAGCUGAGCUAAGGAGAAACAAGGCUUACAGAUCCAAAUGCAUGCAGAUCGAGCUGUCAGCAACUCAUCUUAGAUCCUCUUCCAUUCCCCAUUUGGGCUUCAUUCUCUAAGACCCCUUGGCCUUUAGGAAGGUAUGUAUCAGCCAUGACCACCCCGGCUCGUAUGUCACCUGUAGAUUUCCACACGCCAAGCUCCCCUAAAUCGCCCCCUUCGGAAAUGUCUCCACCCGUGUCCAGCAUGACGGUGUCCAUGCCCUCUGUGGCAGUCAGCCCCUUUGUGGAAGAAGAGAGGCCUCUGCUUCUUGUGACGCCACCGAGGCUACGGGAGAAGAAGUAUGAUCAUCACCCCCAGCAACUCAACUCCUUUCAUCACAACCCUGCACAUCAGAGUACCAGCCUCCCCCCUAGCCCAUUGAGGAUAGUGGAGGAUGAGGAAUACGAAACGACCCAGGAGUAUGAGCCAAUUCAAGAGCCUAUUAAGAAAGUCACCAAUAGCCGGCGGGCCAAAAGAACCAAGCCCAAUGGCCACAUUGCCAAUAGGUUGGAAAUGGACAGCAACCCAAGUUCUGUGAGCAGUAACUCAGAAAGUGAGACAGAAGAUGAAAGAGUAGGUGAAGAUACACCAUUCCUGGGCAUACAGAACCCCCUGGCAGCCAGCCUUGAGGUGGCCCCUGCCUUCCGUCUGGCUGAGAGCAGGACUAACCCAGCAGGCCGCUUCUCCACACAGGAAGAAUUACAGGCCAGGCUGUCUAGUGUAAUCGCUAACCAAGACCCUAUUGCUGUAUAAAACCUAAAUAAACACAUAGAUUCACCUGUAAAACUUUAUUUUAUAUAAUAAAGUAUUUCACCUUAAAUUAAACAAUUUAUUUUAUUUUAGCAGUUCUGCAAAUAGAAAACAGGAAGAAAAAAACUUUUAUAAAUUAAAUAUAUGUAUGUAAAAAUGUGUUAUGUGCCAUAUGUAGCAAUUUUUUACAGUAUUUCAAAAAAACGAGAAAGAUAUCAAUGGUGCCUUUAUGUUAUGUUAUGUCGAGAGCAAGUUUUAUAAAGUUACGGUGGUUGCUUUUUCACAGUAUUUCAGCGAAACCUCCCAUAUAUUCAGUUUUUGCUGGCUUUUUGUGCAUUGCAUUAUGAUGUUGACUGGAUGUAUGGUUUGCAAGGCUAGCAGCUGUCCCUCUCUUUGCUUCCAGUAGCACCCAACCAGUACUGUCUUGAAAUGGCACAUCCAUCCAAAUACCUUUCUACUUUGUAUAAAGUUUCUUUGCUUUCCCAAUAUAAAAUGAGUUCUCUCUACUCUGUCAGCCAAAGGUUUGCUUCACUGGACUCUGAGAUAAUAGUAGACCCAACAGCAUGCUACUAUUACAUAUAGCAGGAAACUGCACCUAAGUAAUGUUAAAUAUUAGGGAGAAAGUAAUACUGUGAUUUUUAAAACAAACAAUAUUAUUAAUCAGAAGACAGCUUGCUCUUGCUAAAAGGAGCUACCAUUGACUCUAAUUUUAACUUUUUAGUUAUUGCUGUUCUUGAUAAAGAGUAACAGCUUUAAGUACAGCUUAGGAAAAUGGGUUCUGGCUUGCUAUCAGGAUAAAUCUAUCAACUUAGAAAGGACUCAACUUCACUUUCUCUCUUGGAGGAAAUGACCCAGCAGCUCAUCUGUUGACCAGCCAACCACAGCUGCUAAAGGUGCAAUCCUUUCUGACAUAUUUUUUAACUGACUGGUUGUACCCGCUUGUUGGCUCCAGAAGAGGCUCAGAGUGUCAUGAAGCCUCAGACCCAAGAGUACACUCAGCCAUCUGCCCCAACCACUUGUAUGAUGUACCUGUGGUACAUAGCAGUGACUUGGCCAUUGUUUCAUGCUAGAGCAUUUAGGAGUGAGUGUGUAGAAGUUACAAGGGGAAAGCAGCUGCACUACCCAGUGACAUUUUAACUUGGUUUGGUUGGCCACUCCUUUCUCCCCAUUAUGUUUCUCUUGUGUUCAACAUUGCCUUGAUUAGGUCAUAACUAUGCAUGAAUAUAUAAUUUUUUUUUGCCAGGAAUGGCCAAUGUGCAUGUGAUUUGUGAUUAGCAAGAACUUCCCGUAGUGGUGCCUCACUAGGGAGUGUCAAUAGCAUUGGGAAGAUUGCAGCUUUUCUUGCAGAAGUGACCCCCCCCCACUCAUGGACUGAUCUCUCUCCAUAAAUAGCCUGUAUCUUCCAUCUCUCUUCUCUAAGUAAUUUUCCCCAUACUGUCUCAAAAGCAGGACUAAGAUUGUUCUCUUGUGAUUGGAAAGCCAAUGGACACUUAUAGAUAUUAACAAAUGAACAACUGCUAAUCCAGAGGGGAAAAAAAAGAAAACUGUGGGGGUGGGGGUGGGGAAUAACCUUUCAGAACCCUGUGUAUUCUCUGCCUGUUAUCUGUCAAUCAAGACCGGAGCUUCUUGAGUUUCUUAGUAGGCUCUUAGGAGUUCCAUAGCAAAAUUGGGAAGGAGUUGAACAGAGGAUUGGCAAAGCCAAUGGCAAUGAUAGAUUCUUGUUCCCAGUUGAACCGAAUCUAUUUUCUUUACCGAGCUUUGUUAUAAGUCAAGGGAAGUAAUAACCCACAAGAAGGUCUUAGAAAAAACACUGCAGGCUGGCCACCAGUCCAUGUGUUACACUCCUCCAUAUUACUAAGAGAAGCUUGAGUGGAAACCCUUCAAGUUACUCGUAGUAUGUGCAGUCUCUCAUUUCUUGCCACUGGUCACAGGGCAGUUCUCUGUGUGUACAGUGAUUUUUAACUUUUGUUAUACACAGAGGAAUAAACCCCUGCAGGUGGAAGCCUAAUGCUGACUUCCCAGUGUUGCAGAGAGUGGUCAACUCCCCACAGGGAGGAAAAGUCAACAGGUUUGAGCAUGUUCUCUCAGCUCUCCAUGUUGCCUUUAAAGGUCAGAGUCACCCUAUCACUCAAUAGAGAAAUUUCUUUAUUGUUAUUUUAAAACUCUAAAAAAAAAAUCAGUUUCAAAUCUGUUAGUCACCAGGGUAUUAGGAAGGUCCCUUCUGAAAAACAGACUCCUCUGAUAACACUUUAAAUAUUUUUUUAAAGCAGCAUUUUACUAGCAUGAAAAGCUAUACAAUUUUUCAAAUCGCAAAUAUACGUGAUUUUUUUUCUUCUGUGCUUUAUCUGGUAAUCUACUAUUGCCAUGUUAGUUGAGAAAGCUUUUUUUUUUCCAAGAGAACACAGCUUUCCUUGAGGAGAACAGCCACGUGGCUGGUCAGGGCUAUCUGUUGUAGCCUCUGGAUUUAUAUGUCCAGGAACAUCUCUACAGUGCUUCACUGCCAGGUCUCUCUCAAGCAUCCUGUUUAUGAAUCCAGGCAGAGCUGUAAUAGGGCAAAAGAAUGCACACCUGUGGUCCUGGCAUGGGUGAAGAUGCCUUGUAUUUUAAGGGAGGACAAAUUACUCAGAAUUUAAUAACAACUAUGUUUCCUGGGUCUUAAAUCAAAAACUACUGAGAGUUAUAUAGUGGGGUAUAGUAGAUAGCAAACUCCUUUGUACUUACUCAAGAUUUGCUUUCUGCCCUGAUUUCCCCUCCAUUCAUCCCUCUACCCUCAAGAGUGCCUGGUGGACAGUCUUCUGCUAACUACAAAAUGGCCCUCUGUGUAAGAGAGAAUGUAUCUCAAGCAGCAAUAUGCCAUCUCUUUCUUGUGUCUGUGUGACUGUCAAUAUGGGUGGCGUCUAUCCAGGGUAACUUUCUCUGUAUGUAUUUCUCUUUUGGCCUGAAGUUGAAGGUAUAUGGCCCCUAUUCGUGAAUAAGGAAGAUCUGGCCUUCCCUUUUAGUCCUGGCUGCAUUUCCAGCAGCUGCCAAGAUUUCUAUCCACUAAGAUCCAUGAAACACUAUGAAGAAAUGCAGACAAAAGGAAAUGGCCACACAUCACAAUUUCUAUUAUAUAUUCUUUUGUAAAUACACAUUGUAUAGUACUUAGAUGUUUUCUUAAGUCAUUUACUGUCUUUAUGAGUUAAUGUUAGUUUUUACUCUCUAAACUUACUGUAUUACAUUGUAAAUAACAUAUUUUCCUUUAUUAUUUAUAUUUAAACAUCUAACAUAGAGAAUUGUUUUCAUAUAAGUUUAAGAUAAAUGUUUAAAAUAUAUGUUUUUCUUUGCUUUAAAAUUAUGUACCUUUUCCUUUUUUCCAUUUUUUAAAGAAUAAUUUAUUGUUCAGGAAAAAGAAUAUAUAUGUAAUUGAAACUAUUUGAAGAAUGCACAUUUGAAGGCCAUGGAGUACUGAUAAACUAAAGAAUUUAUUAUCUCAAAUACUAAGCAAUAAGUAAUUGUGAUUUAUUUAAAGAAUUGUUCAUUUCCCAAGAAAGUCACGCUGCAAUAAAAAUGCUACUCUGUGGAGACAUGGGUGUGUUGCUCUGCAGACUAACAUUCAGUCUGUUAAGAGUAGCACUUUUCGUCUCGCCAUGACAGCUAUGCUAUAGGACUGUGCUUCAUGGACCAUCCCCAUGAUCAUCUUGUCUCUGUUGCUUUUGCCGCAUUACCCAUCCUUGAAUCACCUCCCUCCUGACUCUGUUUACCACUUCACUCCUUGCUGUAGGAAACACAAAACCAAGCAAUAGUUUGCUCCAUUUCAUAGCCACCAAACUGCCAUCCACAAAGACAUCAGAGGGAAACACUGAAUAACUUUCUGGAUCCUGAUUGUUGGUCUAUUCUGCAGUGACAUCAAGAAACUUACUCAGAUUAAUGGCAAUGACUGUGCCAAUCCUAUGCAAUCAUAAGAGGAAAUAAAAAGAAAAGAAAAAGAAAAAAGGGAAAAGCUAUCAAGGUUCAAAUGGUUCAACGGCCACAGUAGCUUCAAAGACAUCUAUGCUAAACUUCCCUAUAAUGUCUUUACAUUUAUUUCCCAUCAUGAACACCAUUUUAUAAGAAGACUAAGGAGCAGUGGCUUUACUCUCCUCAUUCUUUAAAAAAUAAAAUAAAAUAAUGCCCCACAUACUGCUCAGGGAGGGGCCUAUGCAUGGAAUAUUCCUCACAUUACAAGAUUCAUUAUAGUAUGAAGGCAGUGCUCUUUUUAUUAAAAAUUAACCUUAUGAAGCCAUAUUUUAACAAAUAGAUACUUUGUGUGUAAUUUUUAUAUAUUUCAACCAUUCUCAUUAUCUCAGAUAGAUGGUGAGUUUUUAGAAGAUGUAUAAUAAGUCAGCCUGCUUUGGAGUUUGGGCAUAAGCUAAUAUUUCCUAUACAAGUUCACCCUUGAUGUAGACAGAAUUCCUGGCACCUUAUAAUAGUGGCAUGAACAUCAUGUCUGAGCAGUUUAGAAGUCCAGGAGACUUAAUGUUCUGAAAGUCAUGUCAUGAAUGACCUUGCCCACUAGUCAUUCAGCUGACAGGCCAAGCAUCAGAUCAGAAGAUGGGAGAAUAUGUAAGUUAGAACGUGGGUCAUUUCCUCAGUUUAUACUGUAGAUUUGCCAACCCCAUGCCCAAACUAAAAGCUGUAAGCGACAAAUAUCAGUACCUUAGGAGAGACUUGUGAACCUAAAUGGUCAUGCCACUUCAGGCAGAAGAGUUAUGUAAAGGAAAGUAAUGUAGAGAAAGGAAAAGUGACUUCUAGUCAAACAGAGUCUAGAAAAUUUCUAUUAUUCUCGAGUUGUUUUUGACUCUUGAGUGAUAAAUCUAGGCCAGUUCUGCAAACUAAGAAGGAAGAUGUCUGUUUUUCCCAGCCAGUCUGUAGAAGUUUCUCUUCUCUGCUCCAAUGAUGAAUCAUCAAAGGGCUUAAGGUCAAAGAUUUGGGGAUAAGUCAAGCUGGUCUGCAAUCUAAACAUUUAAGAUACUAGAAAAAAUGGAGCAUUGGUUCAUCUUAGCAUCAUUGCAUUCUCUCAUUCUGGCUACUCUUCUGAAAGACGAUGCAUUCAAAGUGAUUUGUUUAGGGAUGGAGAGCUUUGUACUUUUGAAGGGAAAACCUUUCUGUUUGUUUAGGAAGUUUCUUAUUGUACCCUACAAGGUUGUUGUUAGAUUAGGCAGUACAUGCUCUAUACAUACCUGUAGGCCUUACUGAUACCAUCAAUCCUGCAACAUAUGCACCUCCCUGGUUAGCUAUUGCUACUUAACUGUGGUUGAAUUAAAACCAUACCUGCUGUAGGAAAAGGAUUUUAAUACUGUAAAAUAUCAUGACCAACCUCUUUUUUAUAAGAAAAAUGAGAGACAGAAUGGAGUGACCAUUUGACCCAAGAAUCUUUCUCUAAACAUCCUCUUUCAAUGAACUUUCAGGAACAGAAAUUUAUAGAAGGAAAGCUAUCUCUACCCACUCUGUUCCAACAAGGCUAAGGAAUUAACAUCUUUAAUGCCUUAUUGUAUACUGACAUAAGAAUCAAAGUACUAAGUAUUAAUAUUUUUAUAGUGUUUAUGACUUAAAAUACCCUGUUUCUUUUUUAUUUGCUUUAUGCGAGGGGGAAAAUGGUAGAAAUUUAGGCCCGGGGAAGUUAGACUUAAUUCUCAGAGCAAUGUGUCUACUGAGUUGUAGAUUUGUUAUAGAUACCUAAUUUCUCUCAGUCCCUCCUGACCAGUAGCCUAAGUAUGAUGAGCAUUUUCAUGUCCGAUUCUCUUUAACACAGUAGGAGUUCUAUCUAAAUCAGCUUCUGUGUUGGAGGAAGGAGCCUUCCUGCCUUUGGUUUACAGAUAUCCUGGAACCUAGGUUGCUUAAGGUAGCAACUCUGUCCAUCCUCCUUAUCCUCAGCUUUCUAAGGAAGAACAAGUCCAGCUAUGAGUGUCAGUCAAGUCACAAUUUUGGUGUGUAGGUGGCAAAUUCUUGUCAAAAGAAGAGGGCUUCCGUGGAAAGAAUAAUGGCCCUAUAACUGUAGCUUUGUGAACUCUGGCAGUUUCUUCUUGCUACCUUUCUCCACAACAAGGUUUGUGGUUCCAAGAGGUUUAAACUGGAGCACAUGUAAAGAAAUUGGAAAGUGUCUAGGACAUAGUGAGUAUUCAGAUGGCUUCCCCUGCUCCUCCUCCAGAUCCUAAAGUUCAGAGACCGACAUUUCUCAGUUUCAAGUAAAGUAUGUCACACUGCAUGAGGUGACCAGAUAGACCAUUUCCCCAACCCCAUAUAAGUAAGAAAAAUGCUUUCUUUUAAUAGCAACAAGUAUAUGUUGUGAAGCGACAUCACCAAAUAACAUUCAAUGUAGCAGUUUUAGAAACUAAGAUCUCUGUGUAUUUUAUUAAUGGUUGACUUCUUGUGCAGCCAUGCCAUUGUGUGUCAAGGCACUAAUUUUUAAUGGCUUGUGAUAAUCUCUGAGUACAAGUUCACAGAAAAUAAAUAAACCAUGACUUAUGAUGUGGACUUUAUGAUACCACCUUCAAACUUUAUUGUAAACUUCUAAUAGAAUGAUCAAAACUUCUCUUAGCCCUGCAAACUGUCUGAUCUAUAUAUACCCAUUGGCCUUAAUUUUUUCCCAUAAAGUUCACGUAUCGUCUAUUUCUUUGAAAAAGUAUAGUCUGAGGCCUCCAGAAUGAUAAAAUGAGAGAAGUCAGUCAAAUACCAGAUUAAUACUAAACUCACAUAUCUUUGUUGAUGCCCGUACCCACCCCAUUAUAUACCCAAUAAUUCUUUUAAGUUUUGACUUACUCUUCACACUAUGCAUAAAACGAGAUCCUUCUCUCAUCUAUGUGAUGCAUUAAUAAUUUAUAGACUUAAGUUGUUUGGAUUCAGUCUUUUAACGCUUGGUUCUGCAAAAGCGGUCCUUGAUUUAGGCCCAUGCUAUCUAUCAUCACACUUGCAAAUAAGCAUUGUUAAUAGCAAUGGAGUCUGACAUAAUUGCUCUUGUAUAAUCUUCCCUUUAAAUGAAGCAUUUUUAAAUUAAGAACAAUUGUUUAACUCUAUCACACACACACACACACACACACACACACACACACACACACACACACACAAACAAUGCAAAGGAAUAUUUUCUUGUUUUUAAAGAAGAAUCUUUUAGGUAGACACUUUGUGCCUCUGAUCAUUAGCAUUGGCAAUUAAACGUUGGUCAUCACUGACUUUUCUUCUAAAGUGAGGGUCUUCUAAGCUUUCUAGAUCUCUGCAAGUCCCUGGAAAUUUCCAGUACUGUGCUUAUCCAGACUCCUGUCAUCCCUUAGAGUGGAGCCUAAAGCGAGCUUUUUAUCCUUUUCUAGGAAGGGGCUUCACUGGGACAUACCUGUUUGUAGCUAGUAAGGUAUUCAAACCCUCAGCUCUCUCCACCAUGAGGAAGGAGGGGCAGAGUGCUGCAUGUGACAGCUCCAGUCUCCAUUUACCACACCCUUCUGGUUAUGAGCUGUUGCCGCUGUACUUACACAGGCACCCCCUGCACAGACAGAGCCUCCCCUCUCUUCCCUUCCGUGGUUGCAAAAUACAAAUAUGCUAUUUAUCUUGAGGGAUCAUUUGCAGAUCAUACACAUAGAUCAAAUUUCUACACUGUUCCUCAUAAAUAUAUGCAAAUAGUAUGUGUCCAUUAAAAUCUCUAAAAUCCUAAAACUAUACAACCUUCAUACCUUGAUUUUAAAAAAAAAGCUUGGAAAAGUGAAUUUAAAGAGGAUCCAAGGUAACAUUCUUGAACUAAGAUGCCUUCCUUGGUAGGUCCUUGAGGAAGAUCUAGGCCUGGUGGUGUUACAUCUUUUCCACUACUUGGCCACAGAAUUUUCUCACAUGUGAAAAGACAGUAGCUCCACCACACACUCAUUUGGAGAGCAGUCUGCAAGGAGCUGGCUGCCUAGACAGGAAUUAGGAGUAAGACGAUCACUCUUCCUGUAAAGACGUUAGCAAGGAUGUGUUGGGUGUUGCUCAGGUUAAAACCACAUCAGUUACCAUCAAAGAAGCAACCACUAUUGGGAUAUAUCACCACAUCUUGUUAGGAGAGGCACCUGCCACCCACAGACUAAGCCACACUAGAACACUCUUCUACAUAUCUCACUCCACAUCAACUGGGUGACAGAUGACUGUCAAAUCAUCUUGUCUUCUCCAUCACCUUGCUUUUUCCUCCGUUUCUUGGCCUCAUCCUCUGCCACAGGGCCAUCAGCACCCUGACCUGCUUCAUCUGCUCCACUGAGCCAUCCCUCGUGUUCUCAUGAUGAACCCUCACACCUUCGCAGGCUAGACUUCUGCAUAAACCAUGGCUUCCCAUGGACGAAAAAUCUUCAGCCUGACCUAAGCAACCCCUCACAGUCUGACUCUAUGAUGGCUCCAACUUGUCUGUUAGCAUCAUUGUCCAUUCCAAGUCUCGUAAUUUUCUGUUUGCCCAAAGUACACCAUAUCGAUAUUCUCGAAUCCCUGUCAUUGGCCCACCAACUUCAUAUUAUUCCCCUGUACCUCCUGUAUUGUUAUUCGCAUAUUGUUUUUGAUUGACUGCAUUUUAACUAAAAUAAAGUCAUUUCAAA